AUGAAUAGAUACUCUUUGAAUGUUUAUCAAGUAGUUUUCUUGGUUAUUGGUUUGGGUUGUGUCUGGUGUAGUGCUGGUGAGGAUUCAGAUAAGAUGGGGUUGUUUGAUAUAUCUAAAAGGAUCAUGUUAUAUAUAGAUAGUCAAAUGGCAUUGGUUUAUGAUGAGAUAACCAAUGCAAUAGACGAGCUGAAAGCCUUAAGGAAUAAACGAGCAAUGCGAAUAGAUAUAAUAAAGCUGGACCAACAGGACCGCAUGAAACAAGAACAACAGCUUUAUAAGGGCUUGAAGUCAAUCCAAAGCAAUCCCAGCUGCCUUGACAAAUUAGAGGAUGUGUUCGAACAGAUGAAGAUUAAGGCGAUAUCUGUACUAGUUAAAGAAGAAUUAAUACGGGAAAGUCUUGAUAUAGUUAUCCAACAAAUGGAACAAUGGUUAUUUGAAUGCAAGAAUGCCCCGAUGUCAAAGGAAUCGCGACGGGAGAUCAUAGGCAAGCUAGCAAUUAUAGUAAAGCAAAUACACCAAAUUGAGAAGAGUGACUUAAAGGGCCCACAAAAUCAAUUCCCCAAUCCAAAAAUAAGCAGAAUUGAAAAUGGUCUAAUCGCAAUAGGCGCCCGAUGCGAUUCCCAUGAAUUAAAACGCCGAUUCGCUACGAUCAUGGUAACAGAACUAAUGAAAAUAAGACCUAAUAUUAAUAGGUUAGACCGGAACUAUCUAACUCAAGUUGGGGAUUCAACGAUAGAUAAAUUCUUGAAGUAUGAUGAACUCAAAAGCCUCGACAACAUAUCUAGGAUAAUUGAAGAAGCGCUAGUUUGGCUUGUUGAUGGGCCUAAAAACAUGGAAGUCAAAAGUGAAAGUGUAAGUGAACAGAAGCCCACUGGUUCAGAACCCUCUACUUCAAGAACUCAAUCAAGCAAUCCCCAAACUAACAAAUCUGGCAUGUGCGGUAAGCUUCAUUCGGGUAGCAGAUCUGCUGACCAAGAUUCUACGUCAUCUUUUAAUGGAUAUGGGCUUAAACAGCCCGGGUUGGAUCAACAGGGUUGUAUACUAAGUUAG